AUGGCAGCUCCUUCUCAAUAUGCUGGCCUAGCCGCGACCUGGACCUUAGAAACAGGAAAGGCUCCCCCGACUGAGAGUAUCAUCUUACUCCCGGGCGGAGGAAACCCCGAAGCUGUCUUCCAGCCUGACCACCGGGCCAGGGUUGAUCAAACUGAUUACAAGGAUGGCGGGAAGUAUCGCUGUGAGUAUCAUACCGUGCCAUGGGUAUAA